UGACAUAAUUGCACAUGCUGUAUUUACUUACAGAGGUGUAAGCCCAUUGCGUAUCUCUCUUAAACCAACAAACACACACAUGCAGCUGGUCUUCUGCAGCGGUGCAAUCCAGAGGUCAUGACACCAACGUGUAAGAUACGCGGAGCAGCUGAUCGAAAUCUCAGCCUUGUGACAUGGAGGAUCACCCAGGGAUGGCUGAGGAGCAUGCUGAAGCAGCUAGACGAGAAAGAUGUUGAUUUUGAAGAAAUCAAAAAGAACCUGGAAUACACAGCAUCGUUACUAGAGGCAGUGUACCUCGAUGGAACAAGGCAGUGUCUGGAGUCUGAAGAUGACCUCCAGCAACUGCAGUCAGACGGGGUGCCGUCAGAGGUCACUGACUGGCUGGCUUCCACUUUCACCCAGAAGAUCCGCCGUCCUACGCGACGCUCUGAUGAGAAGCCCAAAUUUCGCAGCAUUGUGCAUGCAGUGCAAGCUGGGAUAUUUGUGGAGCGGAUGUUCAAGAGGGCCUACACAGCAGCCAUGCCGGACCAACCUGCAGCGGUCGUAAAUUGCCUCAGGGACGUGGACCGUUGGAGCUUUGAUGUGUUUGCUCUGAACUCGGCCAGCUCUGAUCACGCACUGCGAACUCUGUUCUUUGAGCUGAUCACCAGAUAUGAGCUCAACAGUCGCUUUAAGAUUCCCAUCUCGUGCCUCACAGAAUUUCUGUCUGCGCUGGAGAGAGGAUACUGCAAAUACAACAACCCCUACCACAACCACGUUCACGCUGCUGAUGUAACUCAGACACUGCACUGUCUGCUGCUGCGCUCCGGACUCGUGCACUGGCUGACAGAGCUCGAGGUGAUGGCAUCCCUGUUUGCUGCAGCCAUCCAUGACUAUGAACACACAGGAACUACAAAUAACUUUCACAUCCACACAAAGUCAGAGUUUGCACUGAUCUACAAUGACCGGGCCGUACAAGAGAGCCAUCACCUGAGUGCAGCAUUCCGCCUACUGCUGGACGACCAAAUGAACAUCUUUAUUAAUUUGACGCGGGAGGAAUGGAUGGAGCUGCGGUCACUUGUUAUAGAGAUGGUGUUGUCCACGGACAUGUCCUCCCACCUGCUCCAAGUCAAAGCGAUGAAAUCCUGUCUACAACAACAAGAACGGAUUGACAAGCCCAAAGCACUGUCUCUGUUACUGCACACGGCUGACAUAAGCCAUCCAUCCAAGCCUUGGGCGCUGCACUCUCGCUGGACCAAAGCCUUGAUGGAGGAGUUUUUCAGACAGGGUGAUAGAGAGGCGGAGCUCGGCCUCCCCUUCUCUCCACUGUGUGAUCGACAAACCACCCUAGUAGCUGAAUCCCAGAUCGGUUUCAUAGACUUCAUUGUGUAUCCUACAUUUUCUCUGCUGACCGAUAUGGCUGAAAAGAUUGUUAUUCCUUUGGUGGAAGAGAACCCAGGUCCACCAGACCCCUGCAACAGACAUAGUAAUCUUUGGAAGGAGAGCUCCAGAGGCCUGCAGUGGAGCCUCGCUCACAUCACAGCUGAGCUGGUGAGCUUCCGCUCUACUUGGACACGGCACACCGAAGACAACAAGCUCAAAUGGAGGGAAAGUGGCUCAAAUGGAUUUUCAGACCCUGGCGAGACAAAAGAGCAGCGAUCGAGACAAGAAGUGUUGUCAGAAAAAUCCCUGCAAGACCCCACUACAGAUACAAAAUAGCAGACAGCAGUUCAUUUGUAAUACGUGUUUGCAAAAUAGAAAAAAAGUAACACUUUUGUAACAAAACUCAGAUACCUUUUACUUUAAAAACUGAGAGAUCUUCCCAAGGUAAGAUGCAGCGUAAUCACAGAAACUUCCUCAUGUCUUAUUUUAAAUGUAGCAUACUACAAUAAUUUAAAUACAAAAGUACACAUGCUGGUCAUGUUAUACAGUCUAGUCCAUAUCAUUAAUUUAAUUUGUCAUCUAAACAGCUGUAAGUUACAUUUGAACUUUCAAAGCAUAGAACAAUCAUUUAACCUUGAAAUAAACUUUGUGUCAUAUAUGA